CUUGGUGUUUAUAAGUAAGGCCACUUCAUGCAUUAAGAGAGCUAGCUAGAAUCUCUUAAGUGUUUUUUUAAGAAAAUAGAAGUUAACAUUUUUCAUAUUGUCUCAAACACGUUACACGUACGUACACAAGGAUGGAAGAAAUAUGUUGUGCUAAUAAUUUUGGCAAGAAUUACUUCACCAAGGCAAAGCCAUAUUUCUUGACGGUGGCACUGCAGUUUGGUUUCGCAGGAGGGUACAUCUUCACCGUAGCCAGUUUCAACAGUGGAAUGUGUCGUUUUGUGUUCAUUGUCUAUCGCAAUGCCUUCGCUGCAUUGGCCCUCGCUCCUUUUGCAUUCAUCUUUGAGAGGAAAAUUAGGCCGAAGAUGACACUUCCUGUCUUCUUACAGAUAAUGGCACUCGGAUUUAUGGAGCCAGUGAUUGACCAAGGGUUCACUUUCUUGGGAAUGCAAUAUACGUCGGCUUCCUUUGCCUCUGCUGUAGUAAAUGCCGUGCCCUCUGUCACUUUUGUGCUAGCCCUAAUUCUAAGGUUGGAGCGUGUGAAUGUGAAGGAGGUACGUAGCCUAGCGAAGGUGAUUGGAACUUUGGUAACCUUUGGAGGCGCUUUGUUGAUGACACUAUAUAAAGGCCCUCAAAUUAACCUUUUUUAUUCUCCAAACACAACCCACCAACAAGAUGGGGUUCACUCCCCUCAGGGUCUCAAACACUGGGUCUCAGGGACACUCUUUCUUCUCCUGGGUUGUGUCGCUUGGUCAUCUUUCAUCAUUUUACAGUCGAUAACAUUGAAAAGGUAUCCGGCAGAAUUGUCACUCUCUUCAUUGGUAUGCUUAUCGGGUGCUUUGCAAGCUGGCGUGGUGACACUUGUGGCUACUCAUCAAUCUGGGCUUGGGCCAUGGGCCUUAGGUUGGGAUUUCAGACUCUAUGGUCCUCUCUACACGGGAGUAGUAACCUCUGGAAUUACGUAUUAUGUGCAAGGGUUGGUAUUGCAAAGCAAAGGACCGGUAUUUUUCACAGCCUUUAAUCCCCUUUGCAUGAUCAUAACUUCUGCUUUAGGCUCCUUCAUUUUUGCCGAGCAGCUUCACCUGGGCAGUAUCAUUGGAGCCAUCAUUAUCGCACUGGGUCUGUACUCUGUGGUGUGGGGCAAAGGCAAAGGCAAAGGCAAAGGCAAAGACUAUUCAGACCCCACGCCACCAUCACCUACUACAAAGAAAACGGAGACACAGCACCUGCCAAUUACCUCAUCUGAUAUCUAACUCAGAUUUCCAAAGGAAUGAAUUUGUGAAUAUUAAUGUACUUCCCGUUGCCUAAAAAUCUGCAAUAGUUUAUGUAUAUAUGUUAAUUUCAUACUUUUGGUUUCCACGUUAUGAAAGGGGAGUAUCAGAUUGCGACAAUAGGCACUGUCAUUGCUUUUAAAUUAAAAAAAAAAUCAUCAAGAAAGAAAGAAACUAUUUGUUAUGUUUCAUGAGAAGAUAAUAAGCUUUUAAUUA